AUGAGUGUGCUAACGUUACUGCUGUCGGUCAGCCUUUUUCAAGCAAUCUCUUGUGCUCCGAUGUUAUUUCUGCCGAACAAUGUGACUAUUCCUGAAAAUGCUCCUCGAAGCACACUGGUGGCAAAGAUAACUGCGACUGCUGCACAAUUUGAUUCAAUAGUAGGAGCUCCAUUUAUAGUGAACUCUAAUCCAGUUAUACACCCAUUCACCAUUAUCCCAAAAGCUGCCAAUUACUGGGAGUUAAUAACAACAAAUACACCUAAGCUGGACUUUGAAGCUGUCCCUCUAUAUACCCUGCAAAUCCUUGUUGAAGACAGCAAAGGGACAACAGCCACUCAGUCCAUUGUUAUUGAGAUCUCCAAAGUCAACAAACCCCCUGUGUUUAUUGGAACUCUGGCUGAAAAAGAUGUAGAGAUUUAUAUUCCAGAAAAUACUCCUGUUUCCACAGUCAUUUACAAAGUGGCAGCAAAGGAUCCAGAUAAAGAUGUUCUGCAGUACUCAGUCACCAUCAGUCCCGGAAACUCAGGAUUUAAGAUUGAUAACACAGGGACCAUCAUUACCACUGAAAUGUUUGAUUAUGAAAGUAACACAAAAAGCUAUACUUUAACAGUCGACAUAACCGAUGGUUCUCUUGCAAAGUCUGCAAAAAUAAUAGUCCACAUCACAAAUGUGAAUGACAAUGACCCUACACUGACGUGUGUCUUUUACAAUAUCACAACAGCUGGUAUUACCACACAGACAAAAAGCUCUGGGAACACGGUAACCAUUGAACUGAAUGAGGAGCUUCCAGCUGGAAGGACAGUGAACACCUGUACAGGCUCUGAUGCCGACCAGAUGAAUGAUCUCUCUUUUUUCCUGGACCCUGGAAAUCCUUAUUUUUCUAUUAGCAAAGAGACAGGAACAGUGGUCAUCAUUUCCAGGAUGGACAGUGAGGCAGCUGGGUUUGUUAGUGUGCAGUCCUACACUGUGAAAGUAUGUGACAGAGACCAAAAAUGUGCCUCAAUCUUAGCGACUGCAAAUAUUCUUCCUAUUAAUGACAACCCCCCAUUCUGUGAUUCCUAUAUGUACAGGUUUGUAGAACCGGAGCCUAUACUUAAAGACACUAUAGUUGCAACUCUGAACUGUCAUGACCCAGAUGUUCCACCAAAGCCUCUGGAAUAUAAACCCCAUACUGGUCCAAUUGGUGCAGAUAAAUUAUUUCAGCAGACGGCAACCAACUCACCUAUUAUACAAGUAAACAAUAAUCUGGUAUAUGAUAUAGAUCCGGUCACCACCUAUGAGAUGAUGUUAUCAGUUUCAGACUCGCCAGACACAUCACACACUGUGACUACAACUAUUAUUGUGUCUGUGACUCCUGUGAACAAUUACGAUCCACAAUUUGAUUCAACAUCGUAUAACUUCACUGUGCGCGAAACAUCUGAAGGUCGCACCAUAGUGGGCCAAGUAAGUGCUACAGACAGAGAUCUCCCAAGCUGCAUAAAAUAUAAGAUACGACAAGGCAAUACUGAUAUUGUUAGCAGAUUCUGGAUAAAUCCGACAUCAGGAAUCUUAGAACUUGUGACUCAACUGGAUUUUGAAUUUAAAGAGUUUUACACAUUGGGUAUUGAGGCCACGGACUGUGACACUGUCAACCCUCGAACUGCUCUUGCAACUGUCACUGUUAAUAUAAUAGAAGAGAAUGAUGAGGCCCCUGUGUGUAGACCAUCUAGGUACACCGCUGUCAUCUAUGAUAACAUCACCACAGGGAUAAACAUCAACAACUUCAGGCUCAACUGCAAAGAUCGCGACUCCGAAAAUACAGACAUGCGAUUUGAAAUAGCUUCAGGAAACAUUAAUAAUCACUUUGCCUUUAAUCCUACGCAUGGAUCUCAUAAUCCUAAACUUAUUGUGAAAACAACAUUUGAUUUUGAAAACGGCGCUGACAGGCAGCAGAGAUACAACCUCGUGGUCCACAUAAUUGAUGAUAAUGUGAAGGAUGGCCGUGUUCAGCAGCCAAGGACGGGGACAACAAUGAUAAUGAUAAAUGUUGUCCGAACAAAUACACCAGCUCCACCCACUACUGACUUUUAUAAAAGAAAAGGACUAACAAUAGUAUACAAGGAUGUUAAUACAUAUGAUCCCUCUGCCUGGUAUGUGCCCUUUCUUUUUACCCUUAUGGCACUGUUCCUUUCCGUUCUUCUUGCAUGGGUAUGCCACCUGAUAUGGAAAUAUGGCAAAGUGAAGGCCCUGUGCCAAAAGGCAAGAAACAAGGUUUCCAAAAAGAGAGUCAAGACUUACAAGGCAGGAACGCAAAAAGAGAAGGUGGAAGUUAUUACAGAAACAACAACCUUUGAAACUGUCUUUGAUGGAGAGGCGGUGGAUCCUGUUACAGGGAACACAUAUGAAUAUAACAGCAAAUCAGGAGCUAGAAGGUGGAAGUUCAUUCAAGCCAAUGAGGAGAACAUAAAACUCACUGAUAUUUCCACAGUAUCUGAAACCCUGGCUCCUAAUCCCCCACUAGCUCCAGCUAUUAAGAAUGCUUAAGGGAAUCUGUGCUUACUUUACAGAUCUGUUCUCUGUAAUAAUUCAUAAAUACUUGUCCCACUUUGUUACGGUCAUCAGAACUAUUCCCUUCUUUAUAAUUUUUCAUAUAAAGUAAUUGUGAAAUUAAAUAGACAGAAAAUAAUAAGAUGGACAUAUAUCAAAAAUUGUUGUAGCUGAUACUUAAAGAAUAUUUAUAUAUAUAUAUGUAGUCUACCCAUUUACUAUCAGUGUAAGUCUUAUUUUCAGAGGCAUUAUAGAGGGGGUAGGGGGGAGAACUUGCAGAGAACCAAGUGUGGCAACAAGAUUCUCUGCCUUAGCCAGGGUAUCUCCAAGACUAGGGUAACAUCCUGAAUAAUUACCCUACUGCUAUAAUAACUCACUGCUAUGUCUGAAUUGUAAUAGUCUAAAAUAAAGAUUUA